AUGGGAGACCGCGUGGAAUGUAUAGGCGUCUACGUCGACGACCGCGUCCGAUCGGAACGAUGGGUGCGCCGGAAUUCGAUUGACACUUCAACACUUUCGUCUGCCGGCUCUUUAGUAUUUCCUGAUGAGCCAGACGCUCUACAGUCUGAUAUAGAGCAAUUGUUGGAAGUGUGUAAAAAGAGUAUGUUUUUGCAACCAGAGUUGCGCGAUUGCCUCGUCACGAAAGAUCUGUUUUUCUUGCUAACCAAUUCCCCGUCAGUUUACCUCUGUCAUACCGGCUCAUCCUUUGCGACCAAGCUAGCCGAGCUUAGCGAUCAUUCCGGCAGCGACUGUACCCCGAUAUUUGCAUUCUGUGGUAUUGAUUUUGGCAGCGACGAAUCUAAUCUGGCCCGACGGAAAGCCAGUCGCGCCUCGUGGGGAGACACUGCUCCCCCAUCUCCCGGGUCGGUUCAGCGUACUUUUACAUUUUCCUCCCAUUCGGAUGACGCGCCGGGAUUGGCACUACUCUCUGGCAUAUCCACCGAUAUUCAAGUGCAAGAUGGCCCCAGUCUCGUCGUUCCCAUCGCCCUUUUGCGCGCCGCUGGUUCGGAUGCGCCCAGCAACGCCGUGACAGACCCGACCAGCGAACCUCAAAGCCAAAGUCCGGUCACAUUGGAGCAUAAGCAGAUUGCUCGGUGCCUCGAUGCGGGCGCGAUGGAUGUCUUGCUGACUCCACUCGAUCGAGCCCGCAUCCAGGGGCUGGUGGUCCAUGCGUACCGUACGCGCCGAAAUGCUCAGAAGGAGAUGUCUCGCUUUCUCACACGGAAGAAGCUGCGCAAGCUGUCGUGGGUGGGAGUGCACGAAGAAGAGCCAUAUUCGUAUCUGAGAGAGGCCAUGGUGUCAAAACUGAUGAAGGGGAUUUGCAAACCCGAGGAAAUCAUCGACGAGUUCCAAGAACGUGAGAUCAACGUGAACCCAGAACGCAAAGCUCUGAUUAAGGAGCAGGUUGGGAGCUGGAAUUUCUCAGCGCACGAUUUCUCGGAAGACGAGCUGGUCUUUGGUGCCUGCCAGAUGAUCACUCAUGCGUUCAGUCUACCCGGACUGGAACAUUGGCGGUUAACUCCCGGUGAACUGCAAACGUUCCUUCUCGCCUGUCGGGCUGCCUAUAACUCCUUCGUCCUCUAUCACAACUUCCGCCAUGCCAUUGACGUCUUGCAGUCAGUGUUUUGCUUCCUGCUUCGUAUUGGCGUUCUACCCCCAUACGACCCGAUUGGACAGACCCCCGUUACGAAAUCCUCCAUCGCCUCUCUCAUAUCUCCGUUUGACGCUCUCACUCUUCUAAUCUCGGCGAUCGGUCACGACGUCGGUCAUCCUGGUGUCAACAACUUCUUCCUCGUCAAGCUUAACGCUCCCUUGGCACAGCUGUAUAAUGAUAACUCUGUCCUCGAAGCCUUCCAUUGUGCCGCUUUCUCUCAGAUCCUUCGCCGUCACUGGCCCGCUGCGUUCAAGGACAAGCAACUUCGGAAGCUACUCAUCAGCUCUAUUCUGGCGACCGACAUGGGUGUACAUCAGAAGUUCAUGGAACGGAUGGGAUCGCUGCAGGAGAAGUUCUACGCGAACCAAAACUCGGUCGAUGGCUGGAAACCCCAGGAUAUAGAGAUGUACAAGACUCUCUUGUGCGGUCUGCUGAUCAAGUGUGCUGAUAUCAGUAACGUGGCUCGGCCAUGGACGGUCGCCGAGAAAUGGACUCAGAUCCUACAAGAAGAAUUCGCCAACCAGGGUGAAAUGGAAAAGGAAGUCGGUAUGGAGACGGCACUCUUUGGCGGUCCUCCCGAGUUGGGUAAUAUCUACAAGCUGGCCACGAGUCAGAUUGGGUUCAUGUCCAUCUUUGCCCUCCCCCUUUUCGAAGGUAUCUCCGAUCUUCUCCCACAGUUGCAGUUCACGGGCGACCAAAUUCGCCGCAACCAGGCACAGUGGCAGGAAUAUGCCAAUCACGAAAUGCGGAAACAACGCUUGCCCGUCCAGCAUCGCAUAGAGAUUGCAGUCUCGCCUCGCUCUCGUAGCCCGGCAGUUCCAGUUGUCGAGUCCAGCGAGAGUACGCCCAGGGCUGCUCCCGUAGAUGAUGGGAUUACUCCAGAUGACUCCGAUUCACCUGCAUCCUCGGAUCGCACGGAAUCGCAACCCCGUGACUACAACGAGAACAACAUUGAGCCAGUCGUGUCUCCGGACACUCCGGGUCCGCAAAUCGAGAUCACCGGAACCCCCGUGGCGCCGGAUAUAACAUCAUCUCGAAAGUCGUCCAGUGCCAUGCCUGAUCUCUCCUAUUUCUCUAUCCCGGCGGCACCGCAGUCAGCACAAGGAUCAUGCGCAACGCAGUACCAAAAUCCUAUCACUGAUAACACUACUCGCCCUUCUGGAGAUCCGGCAGUCUUGGCUGCUGCGUUGUAUGCAACCUCGGCUACAAACGGUACUCACGCAUCGACAAACACCGAAGAACGCGAUUAUGCAAACGAUCUCUCAUCCAACGACCGACCGAGUAGCUCUCGUCAAGGGCAGCAACCUGGAUCGAUGCGUCAUCAUGCUCAUCACAGCUCGUCCGUACGUACAUCUGGCCCGUCGAGUUCCAACCGCAACAGCUGCACUCGUACCCAGAGUGUCAGCACUUAUAGCAACAACAUGACUCCGAUUUCGCCCGCGACCAACGCGACCAGUUUCUUGCAGGUGGAUAGUGGGGACGAGAAGCGUGUCUCGGAUGACAGUGCCCCUCAGAGCGAUCUUGGAGCUCCUGAUGACAGCAGCACGCGUCCUAGCACGUCGUACGCUUCCCACGCGGGAGACCAGGAGAGCAGCUACAGCCGAAGUCCCAGCUUUACCAAGGAUAUUGGACAUCCGCGCUCUGAGGAUGGAAAUCACCAUGAUUUCUCUCUUCCGGCACUGAAUGGUACACGCAGCCCGACCCAGCAGUCCACCACUACUGGUGAGAGCAUCAAGAAUGAAAGUCCGCAGGGAUCUCCCGAGGACUCUCACAACGGUGUCCUACGUCGUCUUCCUAAACGACGUAGUCGGCUGCGGCUUGCGUUUUGGAAGCGGCGGAAUCACCACCAGCAGGAGGUCCAUGGUGAAUCUUGA